GGAAGUUUAAGGUGACACAUUUGACCAUGUUUGAUAUUUGAAGUCACGAACUCAACUACUUCUGUUUGACUGGUACAUGUGCAUCUCGUUAUUAAAGUGGCAACACUAGAGAUUACAGAGUGUGGUAUCAGUAUUCCUCUUCACCAUUAAUUCUCUACUCUCUUCUCUUGCUUCAAUGGCUUCCGCCACCCCCAAAGAGAUAGCCAGGGAGCUCCCUCCUCUGCUCCGCGUCUACACCGACGGAAGCGUGGAGCGCUUCCUAGGCUCUCCGUUCGUGCCACCCACCCUCGAAGACCCCGAAACAUUAGUCUCAUCGAAAGACGUGGUAAUCUCCGAAAACCCGUCCAUCUCGGCGCGCGUCUUCCUCCCCAAAGUCGACCACCAAAAGAAGAAGCUUCCGAUCCUGGUGUACUUCCACGGCGGCGCGUUCUGCCUGGAGUCGGCGUUCUCCUUCCUCCACCACCGCUACCUGAACAUCAUAGCUUCGGAAGCCAAGGCUCUAGUGGUUUCGGUGGAGUACAGGGUGGCGCCAGAACACCCUCUUCCCGCGGCAUACGAAGAUAGCUGGGAAGCCCUCAAAUGGGUAACCUCUCAUUCCAGGAAUGAGAGAAAAGAUGGUGAAGCGUGGUUGAUCGACCACGGUGAGUUUACCAGGUUUUACGUAGGGGGUGACACCUCGGGUGCCAACAUUGCACAUAAUGUUUGUCUUCGUGUGGGUGGUGAGGCUUUAGGAGGUGUCAGAAUAGCGGGCGCGGUUCUUGCUUUUCCCUUGUUUUGGGGUUCGGAACCGGUUUUGUCCGAACCGGUUGAGGGGCACGAAGAGAGUUCGCCCAUGCGGGUUUGGAAGUUUGUGUACCCUGAUGCGCCACGUGGCAUUGAUAACCCUUUGAUCAAUCCUUUGGCUCCUGGGGCUCCUAGCUUGGCCACCCUUGGGUCGCGUAAGUUGUUGAUUUUUGUGGCGGGGAAGGAUGAUCUUAGGGAGAGAGGGGUUUGGUACUAUGAUGCUGUUAAGGAAAGUGGGUGGCAGGGGGAUGUGGAACUCGUUCGUGUCGAGGGAGAGGAACAUUGCUUUCAGAUCUAUCAUCCUCAAACUCACAAUUCAAAAGGCGUUAUUAGUCGUAUAGCUUCUUUCCUCGUUUGAACAACAAUUUCGGAUUAAUUGUUAUGUGCUGCAUGAUUUUACGUUUCCUUUUGAUUCUCAGUGAAUGAGACAAACUUAUGGACCAAAUGUUUCAAAAGUUUAUCUACAAUCACAUUCACCUUUUUGUAUUUGUGGACACAUUUUCCAACAGCAUUUCCAUUCAUCCAAUAUCUCAAUUUCAGAUUUUUAACUUUC